GAGGCAACUUUAUGUUCAACCCUUCUCCUCCCCACUAUUAUAUGAAGAAAUUUCAUUUUACAGUUAAAUAUUGAUGAUAUCUUUCUUACAUGAAAUGCGUCUACCAUAUUUUCUACAACAUCAAAGAUUUCUGUUUCCAGAUCAAAAAGAAGCAGCAAGAUGUGGUCGGGUUCUUGGAGGCUAUUAAAGUAGAGUACACUCAGCUGGACAUCGCAUGCAAUGAGGAGAACCGCAUUUGGAUGAGGGCGAAUGUCCCUGAGGAUAAAAAACCCUCCAAUGGCAUCCCCUUGCCCCCCCAGAUUUUCAAUGAAGAGGGCUACUGUGGGGACUAUGAAACAUUCUUCGAAGCCAAAGAAGACAACUCAGUAUAUUCUUUUUUGGGGCUGGCCCUCCCUCCUGGAUCCAAGAUUCCAGUAGAAGAAUAUAAUGAGAAUGGACAUGCAGAAGAAGCAUGGUCACAAGGAGCAGAGGAAGGAGUGGCUGCAGGGGAGGAGGGAGCAGGAGAGAUUGCAGACGAAGUCUUAGAAGAAAUCGCUGGAGAAGAGGUGCCGGCAGAGGAGGAAGAAGUGGAACAAACACAGGAGGUCACAGCGGACAUUAAGGCCUAUGUAGAGAAGGAAGAAGCCCAAGGAGAAGAUGACCAACCAGUUUCUGAGGAGGAAGAAGAGCUACGGCAGCUUGAGGAAGAAGAAGAAGCUGAAGUAUUAGAGGAAGAAGAAGAAGCUGAAGUAUUAGAGGAAGAAGAAGAAGCUGAAGCUGAAGUGUUAGAGGAAGAAGAAGAAGCUGAAGCUGAAGUAUUAGAGGAAGAAGAAGAAGGUGAAGAUGAAGUAUUAGAGGAGGAAGAAGACCACUAGUUGGAGCCAUGAGAGAUUGAGGACAUUACUCACUGCACUCCAGCCUGGAGAGCCUCUCUUUCUGCCUGCCCGUAACCCCUGAUGCUCAAAGCCUUCAACGCCUUAAGACUGUUCUUGCCUUUGGACACUUGCUUCCAGCUCCUCCUUGCUGGACCUCACUGGAAAACUGUCAGUCAUAUGCUGAAUGGGCUGCCUACACUGAAAACACCGAACCUCCAUUUACCCUCCUGCCCUUCUGACUGCAAGAUUUGACCGAAUUUUUAUACUUUGCAUGUUUGGAAGUAAAAGGAAUUGUACGUAGUUAAGCCUACUGCUGUCUGUUUUUUGAGUGUUAUAUGCACAUGCAGAGUCAUAUUAAACACGUAAACAUUUUAGGCAUUUUUCUCAAGUUGUACUUUCAGAAAAUAUAUUUUUAUAACACAAAUUCUAAAUGAUUUCAACCUUGUCAAAACUAAUAUCUCAGAAACUGCAGUUUUCAUUCAUUUCAAAUAUUAUGCUUUCUGAGGUUAUUUGAGGUUAUUGUUAACUGUUACCAUUGAAUUAACUUAUGUUUACUCUGAAAUACUCUUGCCAAAGAUGUGCCUUGGUAACUGCAACGAAUCGCUGUGCUAUACUGUAUUUAUGAAUUUAACCUCUAAUAGCCACAAGAAAUAACUACUGUAUGAUUUUACUACCGCUAAAAGUACUUUAAGACGUGCUGUAGCUCUAGAACUACAGAAAAUGCCAAUAAAGUAGA